AUGCAAACACUUCUGCCUGUGAAGAACUUCGACACUCUCGCCAAGUUGUGCGGCCUUGGGAACCUGCAACCUUGUCUCUUCUCACCUCCAAUGGCUCAGCAAACCCCUCUUCAACAAGAAUCUGCAGAGUCAGGGGCUCGAAACAUGCCAAGUCUAGCAAAGGAGACGACAAAGGCAGACCGCGGUUCAUGUAAGAAAGCUGACAACAAGAAGAGCAACCUGACUCUUGGAGAGAAGAUGGAAAUCAUCAAGUGCUAUACUUCAACAAACCCUGAAGUCUUCAUGACCCAGGGCCAGCUCGCAACGAUGUUUGGGAAGAGCAGAUCCGCAAUAUCUAAAAUUCUCAAGGCCGAGAAUGUUUGCAGACUGAAAUACAUAUCUGGUUGUGGUCUUCAUGCGAGCAUCAAGCGCUAUGCUCCCAACGAUUCACAUCUAGAACUGGAGAAGCGAAUCCAUGAAUGCAUAGUAGAGGCCGGUCUUGGGUUGGGAUGCAGGUCACAGAUUUGCAAGUGUGCGAUGAACGUGGCAAGCGAGAUGGGGGUGUCAGACUUCAAAGCGUCUCAUGGCUGGUACUCUCGGUUUAUCAAGCGUCAUGGCCUCUCAAGGCCUCGCAGAACGAGUCGCAACGCGCACGUCGAAUCGAACGAAACUUUUCCUACGCGGUUAUCAUCUGAACACUCGUUCAUGCCAAAGUCAGGGGCGCAGACUUCCAGCUCCUUGAGACAUCGUGAGAUGAACUUCAAGGUAUCUCUUGUACAAAGAGAGAAAGAAGCUGUCUUCAGACAUCUCAAUUGGAGCUUUGACUUCGAUCAUCUUGGCAAUCCUGUAGGUGGUUACAGGAUGGUGAUGGAAGGACUUCAAAGCGCUUUUAGUGAAGAUCUCAAGGGCCUCCCAACGAGCUGCUUGCAGCUAAGCUACAUAGAUGACGAUGGCGACAAGAUCCUGAUCAACUCCGAUCAAGAGCUUGGUAUCCUCCUCCAGGACAAGCCACAAGCUGCAAGGAUCCGCCUUUAUCUCCAUGCAGUGUCAGGGUCAAACCGACCGCCGAUGGGACCGGCCAGUGGAAGUCUACAGCAGAUACAUGGAGCUUCAUCUGUUUCUCUGGACAUGAUCGUACAAGGGCUGAAGUUUUACGAGGAUAAUCUUCUUGUUGCACGCCCACCUGGUUUUGGACACGUAAUCGUCUGA